CUCCAAUUCAUAACUCUUCCUCCACCACCACAUCUUAUCUAACGAAAAAUUAUCUUCCUCCUCAGUCCUCACCCACCCGAAGAUACAGAGGAAGAAGAAAGUGAACUCAAAUGGCGUCAUUCGCUCAGCAACUCGGUGUGAUAAAAUGCCCGCCAAUCCCGACCACAAGAAUUGGUGUCUCCUCUAAGAAGAUUAUUCAAAGCUAUUCUUACAAAAAGCAGCUGAGAGUAGUCUGCCAAGCAGCGGCCGUGGUAGGCAAUGCGCAGACAAGAGAGAGACAGAAGCUUAAAGAGAUGUUUGAAGAAGCAUACGAGCGGUGCCGCACUGCACCCAUGGAAGGUGUCGCUUUCACUCUAGAAGACUUCCACGAUGCUCUCGAUAAGUACGAUUUCGAUUCCGAAAUCGGUACCAAGGUAAAAGGUACAGUGUUUAGUAUAGAUGCAUAUGGAGCUCUAGUUGACAUCACUGCCAAAUCAUCGGCAUUCUUGCCACUUAGAGAGGCAUCUAUUCACAAUAUCAAGAAUGUAGAAGAGGCUGGCAUAGUUCCUGGUUUACGAGAGGAAUUUGUAGUUAUUGGUGAAAAUGAAGCUGAUGAUAGUUUGAUCUUGAGUUUGCGUUCCAUCCAAUAUGACCUUGCCUGGGAACGAUGCAGGCAGCUUCAAGCUGAAGAUGUUGUUGUCAAAGGGAAGGUAAUUGGUGCUAAUAAAGGUGGAGUUGUGGCAUUGGUUGAGGGCGGCCUGCGUGGAUUUGUUCCAUUCUCACAGAUCUCAACUAAAUCAACUGCAGAGGAGCUUUUGGGUAAGGAGCUUCCUCUCAAGUUUGUGGAGGUUGAUGAAGAGCAGUCUAGACUUGUCCUCAGUAACCGCAAGGCCAUGGCUGAUAGUCAGGCACAGUUGGGAAUUGGAUCAGUUGUACUGGGAACUGUUCAGAGUUUGAAGCCAUAUGGUGCUUUCAUUGAUAUAGGAGGGAUUAAUGGUCUCCUCCAUGUUAGCCAGAUCAGUCAUGAUCGGGUCUCAGAUAUUGAAACGGUCCUUCAGCCGGGUGACACCUUAAAGGUCAUGAUCUUGAGCCAUGACCGUGAGAGGGGCCGUGUGAGUCUUUCUACAAAGAAGCUGGAACCUACACCUGGUGACAUGAUUCGCAAUCCUACACUUGUGUUUGAGAAAGCUGAGGAGAUGGCACAAACAUUCAGGCAAAGAAUUGCUCAAGCUGAAGCAAUGGCUCGUGCAGAUAUGCUGAGAUUCCAACCCGAGAGUGGAUUGACUCUGAGCUCUGAUGGGAUUUUAGGCCCACUGAGCUCUGACUUGCCGGCAGAGGGAUUGGAUUUGAGCGAAAUUCCGCAGGCGGAAGAUUCAUUUGAUAUAAGCGAAAUUCCUCCCGCCGAAGAUUCAAUCGAUUCAAUCGACGAUUUAUAAAUUGUUUUUGCAGAAAUCUUGUGGCAGGUAACCUAUGUAAAACUUUGGAUAACCCUGCGUGAUAUAGUGAAAAUAUUGUUCAAAUUUGUAUAAUUAUCUAUCUUAAUCUGGAUCUUUCAUUCUUUCC